CCAUCACACACCAGUGUGCUAAGAAGUCCUUACUCUAAGGAAAUGAAUUUGGAUGCUCACCAUAAACAAAGCACCCAACCCAGAAGACCUCUUGUUGCACAACCAGCUCCUCAGGCCUGGAAAAACAAGCAGGCAGCACUGCAGCAGGACCAGGUUCAACAGGAUAAGAUUUGGAGAGAGUCUGUGGAGGCUGAACAGAGAAGAAAAAAAAUCUGGUGCCAGAACUGGAGUUUCCUAAGCGACUAUGACCAACUGGGUAGGAAAAAGGAGCAGAAGCCACUGCCAAAAUAUAUCCCUGUGUUCUCAAGCAAAAUUCCCAACUCAACCAACCAAACUAUUGGUAGUCAACUGAACACUGAACUCGGCAGGGCUCUGAUAAAUAUGGAUUACUUCUUCACCAGUGGAGCAAAAAAGAGGAAACUUGAGGUUGAGCUCCAGCCUUCUUAGUGCUUCAGUAAAAAGUAUGAGUAACAAAGCAAGCUGAAUGGCUCUAGCCAACAGAUUCCACAGCUUGUAAAAAUUCCUCAUUUUCUCAGAGAGACUUAUACGAAUGUCUAGCAAGGAUUUUUUUUUCAAGAGCAAAGAUGGAUGAUGUCCAACAAUGACAUAGGAGACAAAACUCUUCAUAUUUAGGGUAACUGGGUCAUAUAGAGAGGAUAUCUAUCCUCUGUAUAUCACAGAUAUCAUCCAGCUUCCCAUGAUAGUCUACUAUAACAUUACCACUAACAUCAAAAAGAUUAUUAAAGUCAAAAGGCU